GUCUAGCGGAGGUGCGAAGGACGACUCAUUGUGGUAUAGAUGCAGCCAAACCGACAGUGGAUCAUAUCAUGGCGUCUUGGCAACGUGUUGUAUAUGCAUUGACAGUGGAAGACAUGGAUACUACCUUAGACAAUUUCAGACGUAGUUGGGGAGUACAGUACCGACGUCUUUGGGGGUAUAUGGCAGCUAACUGGUUACCAGUUAGACACAUGUGGGCUAAAUGUUAUACCAAUCAAGUGCGGCAUUUGGGUAACACAAGCUCUAAUAGGGUUGAAGGUGCCCAUUCCUCCUUCAAGAAGUGGCUUCAAUCAUCUAUUGGCGCAGUCGACACGGUAUUCAAGAAGAACGAUGAUUACAUUGAGGCUAAACACCUUCAAAUCAGGAAGCUUCUAGGGGAUUCCCGACAAAAGAAGCUGCUCCGAGCGGAUGGAAAACCAUUUCGAGAGUUGAAUACGAAAGUCACUCUAGAAGCUCUGAGGUUGAUGUCGUUCGAGGUAGCAGUGGAAAACCAUUCCAGAUGGACACUGUGGAUUUCGAGCUAUAUCACAAGCAGUUACUGGGGACCAAAGGAAUUGGCCACAAAUGAGACGCGAUGUUGUAGAGGAGCUUGAAUCCCGUCCUGAGCUUUAUAGAGAGUACUAUGAUGGAAUAGAAAAUGGCAUUCGACGUUGCAGGUGGGCAUCAACAAGUGGCUGUGGACCUCCCAACUAGAUGGAUAAUGUGGAACUCUUCGUCUUCGCCACCUUGCAUUCAUGGGCUAUCGUUGUAUACAGUCAAGGCGGUCGUUAUACCGUGCUACCUAUGACGGCCCCACCAGGAGUAACAAGACCGCGUGGGAUCUUAUCACUACAUUUUAUGGGGGAUCAUUGGGUGCGACUUGACUUUCGACAUGGUCAAGUGCCCAUGCCUCCAAUUAAUGGCCUUUGGCCUAUUUUUCAUGACCCUAGUGUCAAUGGGUGGGAUCAAUUCUUCUUACAUGAGCGUGCG